GUAGCAGCUUGAUGAAGACUGUUAUAACACCAAAAUAUUACGCUGUCCUAAUUUGAAGACUGUGUUUUACAACUCCGGUUUUAGCCCGACACAUAGUGAUACAUCUUGCCAUAUAGACUAUCUUUGUUUGGAAUAAGAUGGCGUCGCAUGAGGGACUAGCAGCUCUGGGGGUGGAGGGAGCUUCGGCGGCUGCACACGCUCUGUCUCUGCCGGCGGAAGCUUACGGAAAUGACCCCCGGCUUGAAGUCAUGUGGGCGAUGAAGGCCUACAACCACGCAGAGGUCUACUUCAAUCUCAUCUCAUCCGUCGAUCCCAAGUUCCUGAAGCUGACAAAGGUGGACGACCAGAUCUACUCGAGUUUCAGAGAAACCUUCAAAGACCUGGAUGUGAAGCGGCUGAAAGAGGAGGACCUGAAGUCAGACAAAGCCAAGCAGACCUGGCGCCCCUUCUGCAACCAGUUUGAGGGAAUCGUGGAGGACUUCAACUACGGCACCCUGCUGCGUCUGGACUGUGAGAAGGACUACAGCGAGGACAACACCAUAUUUGCCACCAGAGUCCAGUUCUUUGCUGUGGAGAUCGCCCGAAACAGAGAAGGCCACAACGACACAGUGUUCACAUCCAAACGGGCAAAAAGCUAACCUCCAGUUCAACCAGCAAACACCAGUAUGGACCCGUCUCACCCUCAUCAGAUGAACUGCAGGCACUGAGCAGACAUUGCAUGUUGUCAGUUUGCUCAACGCUGUUCACCAUCAAGCUUUUUUAUAUUUCCUCUUAAGAUUUAUCCAGCGCUCGCUUCAGAUAGAAUUGUGUGUAAAAAUAUAACGUUGGUGGUAAUUGGAAUAAAUAAGCAGUUUACCGCA